AUGGCUUCAUCUUCAAACAGUAAUUCAAUCUCACAAACUGAACCAAAGAAUAAUCAAAAUUCUACACCAAUCUCACUUAAUUCAAAUGUUACAAAAAGACUUUCAUCUGAACUUAUGACUCUUAUGAUGUCUGCUUCUACUGGAAUUUCAGCUUUUCCAGUUGGUGGUGAUUUGACCAAAUGGACUGGUACCAUUGUAGGGCCAUCUGAUACAGUCUAUGAUUCAUUGAAAUUUAAAAUCUCACUUUCUUUUCCCUCAAAUUAUCCUUUUGUUCCACCUAUUGUUAAAUUCGAAUCACCCUGUUAUCAUCCAAAUGUUGAUCUUCAUGGGAAUAUUUGUCUUGAUAUUUUGAAAGAGAAAUGGUCAGCUGUAUUAUCUGUUCAAACCAUUUUAAUUUCAAUUCAAUCUCUUUUUGGUGAACCUAAUAAUGAAUCACCCUUAAAUGUAGAAGCUGCUGAAUUAUGGGAUAAUCAAAAUGAAUUCAAAAAACGAUUGUUAUUAAGCUAUAAACCGAUUUCUGAAUAA